ACCACGAAUUUGAUCAUGGCCAGGUCUAGCUGCAUUACAUCCAGCACCAGGGGGAAGAUCCGAUGAUGAUAUGGUGGAAGAAAAGAAAAAGAAGGAAAAAAAAAAAAGCGAAGCAUCUUUUUUCUUAUCGUGAGUACAAGCGGUUUCUAAGCGGACCCACCAUCUUUCUGUUUUGUGUGUUAGUGUACUAACUCCUCUCUCUCUCUCUCUCUCUCUCUCUCUCUCUUCUCCAAUGUAAAAAAGUUCUAAAGAUUGUUGAUGAUUACUUGGACAUUAUUAUUUUUGUGUACUAUACUGACCGUACCACGCCAUUUUCCAUAAACAAAACCCCUUCGUAUCAUCAUCAUCAUCAUUACAGCCACCGUCCCCCACCUGUUUUCUUCGCCGUGUACUUUCCGGCUGGAUAGCCGAUCGGCUUCUGCUGUGCCGGAUUUUAAUUUAAUUAGUUCACGGGCAAGUAAAUUUUCUGUGUUCUUAUUUAUUCUUCUUUUUCGUCUUUAGAUUGUGUGUGGUUAAUUUAGCUGGAUGGGGUUCGGAACCUGAACUUGGGGUUAGUACAUUUAGAGUUUGCUCACUGGAUUUUGGAGAGGGGGAUUUAGCUGAUUAAGGGGUACUGGCAUUUGGGUUACUCUUAAUGUGAGUGGUACUGUUUUAGGAUUGUUGGGGACGAAGCGAAGCUGAUUAGGUGAAUUUCUUAAUUACUACUUUUUCUGGGGUUUAAUUAAAGCUCUGAUAUUUUAAGGGGAGUGGAUUUAAUUUUCUGGUGUUUUUGUUUCACUGUCGGUUCAGUUUGUGAAUUUGGAUCUCUUCGGUAUCUGGGUUUGAUUCAUGGAGGCUAGAUUUGGAGGUGAAGCUCAAGCUCAUCAUUUCUACGGCAUGGGUGCCACAGAUAUGCGGGCAGUGGGGAAGAGAAAUUUAGAAUGGGAUUUGAAUGAUUGGAAAUGGGAUGGUGAUCUUUUCAUUGCUAGCCCUUUGAAUCCAGUGCCAUCUGAUGGCAUGAGUAGGCAAUUUUUCCCUGUUACAACAGGAAUUCCAGUGAAUGGGAAUUCUUCGAAUAGUUCAUCCUCCUGCUCUGACGAAGUGAAUCUGGGAAUUGAGAAAGGAAAGAGGGAAUUAGAGAAAAGGAGAAGGGUUAUCGUCAUUGAAGAUGAUAAUUUGAAUGGUGAAGAAGUGGGUAGCCUUAGUUUGAAGCUGGGUGGCCACGGUUAUCCAAUUAAUGAAAGGGAGACGGGAACUUGGGAGGAAAACAGUGGAAAGAAGACCAAAUUGGUUGGGGGUAGGAUGAACCGUGCAGUUUGUCAGGUGGAGAACUGUGGUGCUGAUCUGAGCAAUGCUAAGGAUUAUCAUAGACGACAUAAGGUUUGCGAAAUGCAUUCCAAGGCCAGUAAGGCCCUUGUGGGAAAUGUUAUGCAGCGUUUUUGUCAGCAGUGUAGUAGGUUUCAUGUCCUUCAAGAGUUUGAUGAAGGGAAGAGAAGUUGCCGCAGACGUUUAGCUGGCCAUAAUAAAAGGAGGAGGAAAACAAAUCCUGAAGCUGUUGGUAAUGGAAAUUCAUUGAAUGAUGAACAGACUAGUAGUUAUUCAUUGAUAAGUCUCCUGAGGAUACUUUCGAACAUGCAUUCUAAUAGGUCAGAUCAGGCCACAGACCAGGAUCUUUUAUCUCAUUUAUUAAGGAGCCUUGCAAGCCAUACUAUAGAACAUGGAGGAAGAAAUAUAUCUGGGCUUCUACUGGAACCUCGGGACGGAACUUCAACUGGAAAUUCAGAGUUACUCUCAACUUUGCUCUCAAAUGUUGAAGUCCGUCCAAGGCCUAUAAAGGAACAUUUGACUGUAACUGUUUCUGGAAUGCUGCAGCGAGUUGGGUGUGCGCAUGGCGCUAAUGGUGCAAAUAUGCAAACCUCUUCUUCUGUGAAACCUAGCAUUCCGAACAAUUAUCCAGCAUGUUCAGAAGUUCGAGACAGCACUUUGGGGCUGGUCAAGAUGAACAAUUUUGAUUUGAAUGAUAUUUACAUUGACUCAGAUGAUGGUGCUGAAGAUGUAGAGAGAUUGCCUGUCCCUACAAACAUGGGGACUAGCUCCCUUGAUUGCCCUUCAUGGGUACAAGAAGUUUCACAUCAAUCGAGUCCCCCACAGACAAGUGGAAAUUCAGAUUCGGCAUCUGCCCAGUCACCUUCUAGUUCUAGUGGAGAUGCUCAGGGUCGUACAGAUCGAAUUAUUUUCAAACUCUUUGGUAAAGAGCCAAAUGAUUUUCCUCUUGUCCUGCGAGCACAGAUUCUGGACUGGCUAUCUCAUAGUCCUACUGACGUUGAGAGCUACAUUAGGCCUGGUUGUGUCAUUCUAACCAUUUAUCUUCGUCAGGCUGAGGCCACAUGGGACGAACUUUGCUGUAAUCUUAGCUCCAAUUUGAGUAGGCUUCUGGAUGUAUCAGAUGAUGCCUUUUGGAGAACUGGAUGGGUCUAUAUUAGGGUGCGACAUCAAAUAGCAUUUGUUUGCAAUGGUCAGGUUGUUGUGGAUGCAUCCUUGCCUCUCAGAGGUAACAACUGUAGUAAAAUCUCAAGUGUCAAACCAAUAGCAAUAUCUGCAUCUGAAAGAGCUCAAUUUAUGAUUAAAGGAAUCAACCUGUCUCGGCCUACCACAAGAUUACUCUGUGCAGUAGAAGGGAAGUAUAUAUUUCAGGAAAAUACUCAAGAACUAAUGGAUGGUGUUGAUACCCUAAAAGGAUAUGAGGAACUCCAAUGUGUUAACUUUUGUUGCUCUAUUCCCACAGCGUCUGGAAGAGGAUUCAUUGAGAUUGAAGAUCAUGGUUUCAGCAGUAGCUACUUUCCUUUCAUAGUUGCAGAGGAAGAUAUUUGUUCAGAGAUCCGUAUGCUUGAGGGUGUGUUGGAGUUGGCUGAAACAGAAUCUGAUUUUACUGGAACUGGAAAAAUGGAAGCCAAAAAUCAAGCUAUGGACUUCAUUCAUGAAAUAGGUUGGCUUCUUCACAGAAGCCAAUUGAAGUCCAGAUUGGGCCACUUGGAUCCUUACACAGACCUCUUCCCUUUAAAAAGGUUCAAGUGGCUCAUGGAGUUCUCCAUGGAUCAUGAAUGGUGUGCUGUAGUGAAAAAACUCUUGAACAUACUUCUCAAAGGCAUUGUUGGUACAGGAGAGCACUCAUCUCUAAACCUUGCAUUAUCAGAAAUGGGCCUUCUUCAUCGAGCCGUGCGGAAGAAUUCUAGAUCUCUAGUGGAGCUUCUUUUAAGAUAUGUUCCUGGGAAAUCAGUACCUGAAAACAAGUUGCUGAUUGGUGGAAGCCAUGAGGACAACUUGUUUAGACCGGAUGUUACAGGACCUGCAGGUUUGACGCCUCUACACAUUGCAGCUGGUAAAGAUGGCUCUGAAGAUGUAUUGGAUGCAUUAACUGAUGAUCCUGGAAUGGUGGGAAUUGAAGCAUGGAAGAAUGCGCGUGACAGCACAGGUUUCACACCAGAAGAUUAUGCUCGUUUGCGAGGCCACUACUCAUACAUCCACUUGGUACAGAGGAAAAUUAACAAGAGAAAAGCUGUGGGGCAUGUGGUGCUUGACAUUACUGGCAAUCUAUCUGACUGUAGCAUUAACCAGAAGCAAAAUGAAGGGGUGACCACUAGCUUCGACAUUGGACAAACAGCAAUGAGACCCAUUCAGCAGCCCUGCAAGCUUUGCCAUCAAAAGCUGGAUUAUGGAACAGCUGGCAGGUCCUUACUGUAUAGGCCUGCAAUGCUGUCAAUGGUGGCCAUUGCUGCAGUUUGUGUUUGUGUGGCUCUUUUAUUCAAGAGUUGUCCUGAAGUUGUGUAUGUCUUCCGUCCCUUCAGGUGGGAAUUGUUGGACUAUGGAACAAGCUAAGCUCCUUUUAACUCCCAACUUGAUGGCGUAGAUAGGUGGUGUGCAUUUAUAGAAUGUAAAGUUUAGAUUUGCGUGUAACCAAUGCUUCGGACAAGUUUCAGAUUCAGUAAGGUUAUUGACAUAUUUUUUUGCUGUUUAGUGUAUUUUUUAGCAGUAAUUGUAACCAGUGGUUCGAUGAAUGACAAACAAAAAUGUUAUCUGACA